CCAGGACCGGCCGCAGAGGGGAGCCGCUGGGCCUGCUCUGAACCCGGAAUUGCCGAGCAGCCGGGUUGGCGCUCACUUCCGCGUCAGGUCCAGGGGCGUCCGGCGGCGGCGCCGAGGGCCGGGCCGUCCGCAGGUCACGGGACUGGUGCUGCCUUAGCUUUGAAGUUUCUGAGGAUGUUGGGAGGCAAAAAAUCUGAUCCCUGAGGCAGCAAUGGCAGACCGCAAGGCAGAAGAGGAGGUGCUGGAUAUUCUUCGCCUGAAUGUGAGGGGCUGUGUUUACACAGCCCGACGCGAGUCCUUGUGCCGUUUCAAAGACUCUAUGCUGGCGUCUAUGUUCAGUGGGCGUUUUCCUCUGAAAACAGAUGAAUCAGGGGCUUGUGUCAUUGACCGCGAUGGACAUCUCUUUAAAUAUCUUUUGGAUUAUCUUCAUGGAGAAGUUCGGAUUCCCACGGAUGAACAAACCCGAGUUGCCCUACAGGAAGAGGCUGAUUAUUUUGGCAUCCCUUAUCCAUACAGCUUGUCUGAUCACUUGGCCAGUGAAAUGGAGAUAUAUUCUUUAAGGUCAAAUAUAGAAUUAAAAAAGGCUUUAGCAGACUUCUGUGAUUCAUAUGGUUUAGUUUGCAAUAAACCAACAGUUUGGGUUCUCCACUAUCUUAACACAUCUGGUGCAAGCUGUGAGAGUAGAAUAAUUGGUGUAUAUGCCACAAAGAUGGAUGGAACAGAUGCUAUUGAUAAGCUGCUGGGAGGAAGAAUUCACAGUAAAAGCAUUUUUAAAAGAGAGGCGGGAAAUAAUGUUCAAUACAUUUGGAGCUAUUAUUCAGUAGCAGAGUUGAAGAAAAUGAUGGAUGCCUUUGAUGCUUGGGAAGGAAAAGGUGUUAGCUACUGGAGGGUGCCUCAUGAGCUGAUUGAAUGUUGGACUCUGGAGGAGCGGCCUUUACUUGGAAAUCUGCGUCACAUGGCUCCGAUUCGAAAGAGGCGGCUGACAGCACUCCAGGAGGAAGAGGAAGAAGGUGUGAACUGUAAGACUGGCCCAAAGCCUGUCCGAUUUUUGGGCCCUUCCACAAGCACCCAGAUUAAAGUCAAGAACUCAGCUGCUGUCAGGGUGUCUCCAGCCUGUGCCAGUCAGACUGCAUCUGGGGCAGCGGCACACCCAUCUCAGAUUGGCAGCAGCGGAAGGGCAGCUCAGCAUUGUGCUUCCCCUCUGGGCGCGGUAGGCUCCAGGCACACUCAGGCUUCCCCGGAGGCAGAGAGUGCUGAAAACGGGGCUGUACCCCCACCUCCAGCCAAGGUGCUGCUCUGUGACAGGAAGUCUACACCCCAUCGCGUGAUAAAACUGAAGAGGACUCCGCUGUGUGUUGCCAUGCCCUCCCUGCCCAGCCACCCCACAGAGAGGCAGGCAAGCUCCCCCGAAGCACUGGCUCUCCAAGCUUGCAGUGCUUUGGGAGUGCAAACUGAAAAUGGGAAAGACCAGGUGAAUGGAUAAAAAUGGUGCACUCCAAACUUGCUGCUUCUACCUAAGAGCUUCCAGCCCCUUUGACAAGAAUAACUGUCACUGUUUGUUGAGGCAGCAGGGGUCUUAUUUAGGAUUAAUAUUUCCUAGAAUUAUUAUUAUGGGAAAGAUAAAUUGUGUGAAGGCAGAAUGGAGGAAAGGAGACUUAAGCACUUGGUGUUAGGCUUGCCUCUCGCUUCCCGACUACAGUGAUUGUCCACGGGCAGUUUCUUGUUUUCAGGGUGGUUCGUUCAACAGUUAAUUGGCACUAGGAUGACAAAACUGAACAGCAGAAAUAAUCCCCAGACCGUCUACUCUGUUGCUGAAGUAACUGUUGACUCCAGGCACUCUAGUCCUGCUGCUCUUGGCAGGGAUAGGCUUUGCAGUGUUGGCUUAGAUGUUUUGGGCUGGUGAAAUGGAGAGUGAUGUCUGUGGGUCUGUGUGCUCUACCACAACCAAGAAGGAUUCAAGAGCAAGAAUGGAGAUCAAGGUGAGCUGCCUCCGUGUCACUCCCAGUCAUGAGGCAUCAAGAAAAGAAGUGAAGUGGUUCUGGGCCCGGGUGGGUGAGUGGGGCAACAGUAACUGGAGGUCACACUUCAACUCUCCUGUAAGUGAACUACUUUCUUUCUUAGAUUGGCUCUUCUUGGUGUUUUCUGUAAGCUGAUUUAUUUAUGUCCACCAGAAGAUGAUUCCUUGUGGUAAGAACAGUAAACAUGUCUUAAAUAAGUUGUUAGCACAUUUGGAUUUGGAUAGUGAGGUUUAAAAAGUCCUUUGAAAAACAGAGGUAAAAAGAGUUUUUAGCUAAAGUUGACAUUUGGUUUUCAGAAAUGACCAUGAAAGAGUCAUUCUGACACUACAGAGUGAUUUUUAUGCAUAAAAUUUACGUAGAACUUGAAUUUAAUACUUUUAAACAGAAUGUUUUGAUCUAUUUUUUCAUAACUAUUCAGUUGUUGUUUUUACUCUUAUAUGUUGUAUUUUAUAAUUGGAUCACACAAUCCUACUUUUCAGUGAGUGCUAUUCCUUAAGUGUGUUAAAAAUAAAUUCAUCAAGCAGGGUACUUUUUACUCAGAUGUUUAUCAUUGUACUUGCAUUGCCUUGAAGAAGUAAAUAUGCUGCAAGCAUUACUUUCUACAAAAUAAAGUAAAAGUUUUCAGUAAAAUGUGACAUUUCGCUCCUCCCCACCAUGACUGUGCUUAUUUAGGCCUUGGAGCCCUUCAGUGCUUUGGAACCUUGUUAGUUUAUAUAGGUUGUCUCUUUAAGCUUGCAAAAUUGCUUUUUUGUCCAGAUAGUGUAUUAAAGUAUUAAACUAAUUUUGGAUAACUA